AUGGCUAGCACCGUAGGAAAGGCUGCCAUUGCCUGGGCGGCUGGAGAGCCUCUGUCCGUCGAGGAUGUCGAGGUUGCCCCCCCAAGGCCCACGAGCGGGACUGACCUCCAACUAGAUGCCUACACUCUGUCCGGCAAGGAUCCCGAGGGUGCUUUCCCCAUCGUCCUGGGCCACGAGGGUGCCGGUAUCGUCGAGUCGGUCGGCGAGGGUGUGACCUCCGUCCAGCCCGGCGACUACGUGAUCGCCCUCUACACCCCGGAAUGCCGUGAAUGCAAGUUCUGCAAGUCUGGCAAGACCAACCUGUGCGGCAAGAUCCGCGCCACCCAGGGUAGGGGUGUCAUGCCCGAUGGCACCUCCCGCUUCAAGGCCCGCGGCAAGGACAUUCUGCACUUCAUGGGCACCUCGACCUUCUCCCAGUACACUGUGGUCGCCGACAUCUCCGUCGUCGCGGUGACUCCCAAGAUCUCUACCGACCGUGCCUGCCUGCUGGGCUGUGGGAUCACCACCGGCUACGGGGCUGCCGUCGAGACCGCCAAGGUCGAAGAGGGCUCCAACGUGGCCGUCUUCGGGGUGGGCUGCGUCGGUCUGUCCGUCGUGCAGGGUGCUGUGAAGAACAAGGCCGGCAAGAUCAUUGCCGUGGAUGUCAACGACGGCAAGGAGGCUUGGGCCCGCAAGUUCGGUGCCACCCACUUCGUCAACCCCACCAAGCUGUCGGGCCAGACCAUCCAGGAGCACCUGAUUGAGAUGACCGACGGCGGGUGUGACUACACCUUUGACUGCACCGGCAACGUCGGUGUCAUGCGCGCUGCUCUCGAGGCCUGCCACAAGGGCUGGGGUGAGAGCAUCGUCAUUGGUGUCGCGGCCGCUGGCCAGGAGAUCUCCACUCGGCCAUUCCAAUUGGUGACUGGCCGUGUGUGGAAGGGAUGUGCCUUUGGCGGCAUUAAGGGUCGCACCCAGUUGCCCGGGCUGGUGGAUGACUACCUGAACGGCAACCUUAAGGUGGAUGAGUUUAUUACCCACCGGGAGCCCCUUUCGGCCAUCAACACGGCCUUUGAGCAGAUGAAGGCGGGCGACUGCGUCCGCUGUGUGGUGGAUAUGAAAUAG